AGGCAAGAUGUCAUUUUGUUGUCUUACUGAAUAUAGUAAAGUAUGUGUUUGUGAUUAUAAUUCUAUUAAUAUUUAUUUUGAGGCCCUAUUUUAUUUUGAGAAACUUCCUGUGGUUUGACUUCCUGUGGUUAAUUUUUUGAGCAGAUGAUAUCCAGAUCUUGAAAUCAAUGAGUCAUUUUAUCAGGGUGAGAGAAAACACUUGGCACACCCAGGAUGCAUGCAGGAAAAAAAAAAUGCAGUUCCUAAAAUGUCAUGUGAGAGUUUUUUCAGUCACUCCAGACACAGGACUGAUGGUACUUGCUCCAACCCACUGAAAUUACUGCUUCAGUCAGCUGCAGAAUGCCUCAAGUUCUGGGCAAUAGCAGUUCAGAGGAACAGGCUGCUGGAUAUUAUGCAUCAGAAUCAAUUGUCUGCAUUGCUAUAUUCACCAUCGUUUUCAUCAUAGGUAUCCCAGGCAAUGGGUUGGUGAUCUGGGUAGCUGGUCUGAAAAUGAAAAGGUCUGUGAACACUGUCUGGUUCCUAAACCUUGCUGUGGCUGACACCAUGUGCUGCUUGUCCUUGCCAUUUUUCAUUGUUCACCUGGCCCUUCAUGAACACUGGCCCUAUGGCUGGUUCCUCUGCAAAGUCAUUCCAUCAGUCAUAAUCUUCACCAUGUUUGCUAGUGUCUUCCUACUUGUGGCCAUCAGCAUUGAUCGGUGCCUCCUUGUGAUGAAACCUGUCUGGUGUCAGAACCACCGAACGGUGAAAUUUAUAUCGCUAAUAUGCAGUGGCAUUUGGAUGCUGGCCUUCAUUUUCUGCUGCCCUGUCUUCUACUACCGUGAGACAAGCACUUACGAUGGCAAAACAGAGUGCGGGUACAAUUCUGGAGUUGAUUACUACAUAGAUUAUCCUGUAAAUGUGUCUGUAAAUGAGUUAUGGGACUACUCAACCUACAAUGGUAGUGACUUCUGGGGAGAUACCAAUGAAGGUAAUGAUUCUGUACCCCUUGCCUCAGCAGUAAUAAACAUCACUAGGGCUGUCUUUGGCUUUGUGCUCCCCUUUGGCAUAAUGGCAGUUUGCUAUGCCCUCAUUGUUUUCAGAACACAUGCAAAUCAGUUUCACAAGUCACACAACAGGACACUGCAAACAAUUGUGUGUGUGGUAGCUGCAUUCUUCAUCUGCUGGGCUCCAUACCAUGUAGUUGGGAUGCUCUUCGUUGUACCUAGCCUUCGAACAAGACUGAUGGAGUCACUGAUCUUGUGGGAUCACCUCUCUACAGCCCUUGCAUAUGCCAACAGCUGCAUCAACCCCCUGCUUUAUGUUUUUGUGGGACGAGACUUCAGGGCAAAGGUAGGGCAAUCAGUGCGAAGAAUCUUGGAAAAUGCCUUUAACGAGGAACUCACAUCUUCAACCCUUCACCGAAGCCAGACUUCAGCAGACAAGAACCUGAGCAGCACCUUGUAAUGUAGGACUUCCUAUCACUGCUGUAGAAAGAACAAGCUAUAGCGCUGCACAUCAAUCACUCCCCGCUUAGCAGGUGGUUUUGCUCCAGUAUGUUUGAUUAAUCUGCAGCUCCAACCCAGGACACUGCAAUCUUUCAGCUUAUGAUGGAUAACUCCCUUUAUAUCCUACACUGGAGAGAUGGGAAGUUGGAAGCACCAAGAGUAAUAAUCUGAGGGAUGACUGGUGAAGCAGAAGACACAGUAUUUAAACCUACACAGACUAUUUUAAGAAAGCAGGGCUGGCUGCAGAUUUGUGGUGGGAAUCAUGUAGUUGAACCUCUCAGUUAAGAUGUUACUUUAUUUGCAUGUAUCUGUGUUCUACAUCUCCUAUCUCUGAUAAAGUGCAGAUAAAACUAACUGGGAUAUUGGUC